GCUUAGAGCCAAUGAGCGCGCAGAGACUGCAGAAGUGAUCGGGUCACCGAGCUAGAGUCCCCUGUUCAGUCCUCCUCCCUUGCUUUUAGCUUCUCUAAAGUGUUCUUCUUCUGGGCCAAAGUAGUUGAGUCUUUUCCGCUAGCCGCGGCGGGGACAGCGAACGGCACCACCUCCACGGGCCUUGGAACGCUUCCGACCGUGUGGCUCCACGAUGCGGCGGGGCCUGAAUGCGUGAAGCUGCCCUCGGAGCGUCGAAUUAAAAAGAAAAAGACAUUAUUUCUUCAUAUGGCAUAGAAGAUGAGUUCUGUCACCAUGAAUGAUGAGCCUGAUGCACUUUCGGUGGUUAACCAGCUUCGGGAUCUUGCAGCAGAUCCGCUAAAUAGACGAGCCAUUGUCCAGGAUCAAGGAUGUCUGCCGGGCCUCAUUUUGUUUAUGGAUCACCCCAAUCCUCCUGUUGUCCACUCAGCUUUGCUAGCUCUACGCUACUUGGCAGAAUGCCGGGCUAACAGAGAAAAGAUGAAAGGAGAACUGGGUAUGAUGUUGAGCUUGCAAAAUGUAAUACAAAAGACAACAACUCCAGGAGAGACUAAACUUCUGGCUUCUGAAAUCUAUGACAUCCUUCAGUCAUCCAACAUGGAAGAUACUGGCAAUGUCAAUGAAAUGAACUCUCGUAGAAGGAAAGCUCAGUUUUUUCUUGGAACUACAAACAAGCGUGCCAAAACAGUGGUUUUGCAUAUAGAUGGCCUUGAUGAUUCUUCUCGGAGAAAUCUUUGUGAAGAGGCCUUGUUGAAAAUUAAAGGAGUUAUUAGUUUUACAUUUCAGAUGGCUGUUCAGAGAUGUGUUGUACGAAUCCGUUCAGAUUUGAAAGCAGAGGCUUUGGCAACAGCAAUAGCAUCAACCAAAGUUAUGAAAGCCCAGCAAGUUGUAAAAAGUGAAACAGGAGAAGAAAUGCUGGUCCCAUUUCAAGAUACUCCUGUAGAAGUAGAACAAAAUACAGACCUACCUGACUAUCUGCCUGAGGAUGAGAGUCCUAUAAAAGAACAAGAUAAAGCAGUUUCUCGAGUUGGGUCACAUCCAGAAGGUGGAGCCAGCUGGUUGAGCACCGCAGCAAACUUUUUAUCCCGUUCCUUUUACUGGUGACUUAAAUUUGAGGCUCAAGGACUGUAUGAACCAACAAGGGGCCAGUUUUCCAUUGGUGUGGUGAACUGUCAAGUGCAAUUUGCAAUAAGUUAUCAUGAAAAGUUUUUAGAUUACACAAUUACGUAUGCUGCAUUUUACAUUUUAUUGGACGUUUAACCUGUCAGGUAGUUAAAGGGACAGAGGCCUCAGAUGGGAUUGCUUUGUUUGAAGGGUAUUUCUUGGUUUUUGUUUUCCUAUGUUUUAUUCUUUCACUUAAAAAAUAUAUACAUAUAUGGGUCCACUAUUAAAACCAAAUCUUUAUGCAGCUUUAAAUUUUAUUUCACAUGAAACAUGUGAUUAGACAGAUUUUCUACUGAAGUCUCAGGACUUUGUUUGCAGGGUAAUUCUUUUUAUCCCAAAUUCUACCUGAAUCAUUAAAUUUUGGAGGGGGAAGGGUGAGGGAGGGGGGUGUUCCUUGUUUCUAAUGAAGGAUGUUGGUUUUGGUACUCUUUACCAGGAAGCCAGAAGAAUAUACACCUACUUAUUCUUUCCCCCUUUUCUACCCCUUUUGUCUUUGCCAACCAUAUUUGCAGAAGCAUAAUUUUCUGUAGCAUUUUAUGAAUUAGAAUGUAUCUUUUUGAACACAUUGAUUCCUAUAAUACAUUCUAAAUUAUUUUGUUACCCCUAAAACAUUGAUAUUUUGUAUGUAUGGUUGACAAAGAAUUGAGAAGAGGAAACUGUGAUUGUGUUGUUAAUUAUAUUGCUUUCAAAGAAUAUUUAACUGUGUGCAAUGGCAUAUAGUUGGCUCAAAUCAGAUCUGAAAAGCUAUAAUUUGCUCAAGUGAUGUCUACUAUAGUCUUACUUUAAGCAGGAAAUGGCUUAUAGCCUUAGUUUGUAAUUGUACAUUAUCUCUUACUAGCAAAAAUAACAAUAGUUAAAGCUGAUAUGAACUUGAAAAACAACAUAAUGGAAUGAAUGCCUGUUAUGCCCCAGUUGCAGUAGAUUCUGAAUUUAAGCAUCAACUGCUUGGCAGGUGUCCAUUCAACAGAUGUUUCCUUAAAUCCCUUCUUUUGAGUUUCUCAUGCACAUGCAGCAGUGGGUUAAAUAUACAGGGUAGGGUUGAGGGGGGGAGGGACAAACAGGGAGGGAGGAAGGGAGGGAAGAAUUUAAACAGUUAUCAUUUGUAGUCAGAGGUAGCUGUUACUAAAGAAGGUUUUGUCCCUUUAAUCUUGUCUCAUCAUAUCCAGUCACUUUUGAAAACAAUUUUGGCGAAGGUAAGUUUAUAGUUUAGUUUUGUUUUUUGUAAAUAUGAUGUGUAAGACAUGUGCGCAGUGCUUAAUUAAGCUUCUGAACUAUUUGGAAACUAAGAACAGUGCUCUCUGGGAAUAUGAUUGACAAACUUCAAUGCUGUUGCGAUUAAAAACCAACACAAAGUGGUUGAAGAUACUCUUUUUUUUUUUUUUUUUUUUCCCGCCCCCGGCAACAUUUGCAUCUCUUAUUACCUGGAACUACAGUGAAAACUUAGUCUAGGAAGGCUUCUUCCUUCUGCUCACCUCUAACAAUUAAAAACAAUCAGCAUUUUGAGAAGAAAAUUAUUGUGUAAUUAAUACCACUAAUGAAAGCCUUGAAUUCAUUCAUUUGAAUUGUGGCCUUCUGGAGGAGUGAGGGACAAUUAGCAAACUAGCUGACAAUGGGGUGUUUAAAAGUGUAUCUAUCUAGUCUUUGAUUCAGGUGACACACACAGGCUGAAAAUGCAAGCUUUGAGGAGCAUGUAUUGCUUUAAAUAUGUAAUACAACUUGCUGCCUAGAAUGUUACAAUACCAGAUGUGUUUUUUUUUUUUUAAACAUCGUCCUUUCUGUAGCCAUGAAUGCAAAGUUUACUUUUCUGUAUUAACAACUGUUUGCAUUUUAUUUUACAUCUACUUGUUAAAUAAUGACAUCCUUUUGAUAGUAAUGGUUCAGUACAAGUAGGUAUAAAAGUUUUGCUAUUUGUGUGUUUAAAUUAAAAGUAUGCUUCUUUUGCCAGUGUUGCAGAUCUUGUAGAACAGUUAAGGUAUCUGUAAGACAUUUCUUUUUUCCUUUCUUUCUUUUUCUUUUUUUUCAAAUAUAUUGUAAAAUAAUAAAAAGUAACAUAACUAAAAGUGAAA